AUGGCCGUCCUCCCGCCAAUGGUUCUCAUCGAGACCGCCUUCAAAAGAUUCGAGAACUCUGUCACGCCUGUUGAUGCACGGGAUUUCCACUCUACCGAGCUGCGACAUGUACGGCAAGCUGCCAUUGAGAUCGAGAACUGGCAGAGACAGAGAGGCUUCUUACGUAACAUGCGCAGAAUUGAGCCUUUCCUUAAAGCAAUCGAAAAAUACUCGAAGCCAAUGGAUGUCCUAUGCAAUGGGACUCCAUUUCUUCCGUGGGUUUGGGCUCCUGUCAAAUUAAUGCUUCAGCCUGCAGCUGAAUACACGUCCAUUUUCGAGAAACUCCUCGAUGCAUACGGUAGAAUUGCAGAAUCUUUACCACGUUUUGACAGGUACAGAAACACUUUUCCGGAAGCAGAUUUUCAACACGUUCUAGCUCUUGUAUACGUCGAUAUUAUUGAAUUCCAUCGAAGGGCUUACAAGUUCUUCAGACGUCGAGGUUGGAAAUUCCUGUUUGAUUCCCUUUGGAACAACUUCGAGCUGCGAUUUGAUGCCAUCCUAAGCAGCUUAUCUCGCCAUCGAGAGCUCAUUGACCACGAAGCCGCGUCUUUUGACAUUGUCCAGGCGAGCGAAAACCGGAAAAUGGUUAACAAAGAGCUUGAAAAAAGCGAGGAGGAGCGGUCAAGCUCUCAUUUACUGGCUACUUUAUCGUGGUUGGGAGUUGAAGAUCGCUUACAGGAAGACAAUUUGUCGCGUCUGAAUAACAGACGCUUCCCUGACACCUGCCAAUGGCUUUUUAAGACGCCACAAUAUCAGUCGUGGUUUACCGAGUACAAGAAACUUUCGGUCCUUUGGCUUUGGGGAAUACCAGGUCCCGGGAAGACUGUCAUGUCAGCUUACAUAAUCGAAACUUUACGACAGCAACCAGACUCUACGAUUCUGUAUUAUUUCUGCGAUCACUACCUGGCGGACCGAAACAAUUGUAGUCACAUACUGAGGACUCUUGCAACACAAUUAAUACGACACGAUCCUGAACUUGCGGCUUUUGCGGAAACCCCAUCGAUCGAACGCUUACGGAAAUUCCUUCCCAAACUUAUCGCUGCCUCACCCUUUACACGGAUCGUGAUCGAUGGAAUAGAUGAAUGCGAUGCGAAAGAUCACAAGUAUGCGCUUGAUCAGCUCCUGUUACUUUGUAAGGAUAUCAAAGGACACGGCAGCCUCUUAGUUUCAAGUCGAGAGGAUGGCAUCAUCAGCAGAAAGCUCCGUCAAAACCCCACAAUCUCCCUUCGCGACGAACAUUUGGCCGUUGAACGCGACAUUGAGGCCUUCAUCGGAGGGAAGUUUCGUCAAGUGGUCGAAGAAUGGGACCUUGAUAUCUCUACGAAUAUAGCGGCUGAAAUUCAACAGCAGCUAAUUCAGCGUUCUAAUGGCAUGUUCCUCUGGGUCGAACUUGUUAUAGGGCACUUUCAGUAUCUCCUGAAUGACGAGGACCUACUUGGGGCAGUGUAUCGACUUCCAGAAAGCCUGCAAGAUGCGUACGAUCGCAUAGUCCAAAACAUAAAGAAAGUCCCAGAAUCUUCAACACGCGAGAAAAUAGCUCGCAUGCUCGAAUGGAUCACGCACGCAAACAGGCCGCUGAAGCUAUACGAAAUCUUGAAUGCUAUCGGUAUGGACCCAACCGACUCGUGCGACUGCGAACCAAAGACAGUCAAUUCAAGGAUCUUGGAGUUCUGCAAGCCUCUUGUUGAAAUAUCCAGAGCAGGAACUGUUCAAUUUAUCCAUUUCUCAGCCACAGAGUAA